UCAGUAUCAGCACAGAGCACAGAAGGGUUCUGAAGCUUCUGCAGUCUAAGCUCCGGGCACGUCUCUCCUCCACCAAGACCAUGAAGCUGUGUGUGACUGUCCUCUCCCUCCUCAUGCUCGUGGCUGCUUUCUGCUCUCCGGCACUCUCAGCACCAAUGGGCUCAGACCCUCCCACCGCCUGCUGCUUCUCUUACACCCUGCGGAAGCUUCCUCGCAACUUUGUGAUCGAUUAUUACGAGACCAGCAGCCUCUGCUCCCAGCCAGCCGUGGUAUUCCAAACCAAAAAGGGCAGGCAGGUCUGCGCCAACCCCAGUGAUCCCUGGGUGCAGGAGUACAUGGAUGACCUCGAACUGAACUGAGCUGCUCUGAGCCCGGGGCAGGUGUUCUGCGGGAAAAGUCAUCUGAGCCUGAUGCUUCUCAACGAGACGCACCCUCUCUACGCUCACGACUCCUCUCAGUAGUCCCUGUUUCUUCUCUUAAUUUAAUCUUCAUUACGUACUGUGUUAUUAUUGUAUUUGGUGGUGUUUCCCAGUAUUUACGUUUGUUUUGCCAAAGGACACAU